CUUCUAUGUGGCGCGCAAUCCAUCAUGCGCAACUCAGCAAGCCCAAACGGACUACUGCAGAAAUUGGACCGGCAAGCAUCAUCUGGGUUUCAAGUUUCGAAGCGGCGAAGAUGGACCCAGAAUGGCAGAGGCUUUGCAGACUGUGAAAGGUGCAGACGAGUUGAAGGAAUGGUUGCGUUCCGAUCUAUUCAAGCCCCAUCUUCACAAAAUCUACUACAAUGCCGUAUUGCCAGCGCAGGCAGCGCGCGAAACCAUCACACGAGCCGAGGCGUCCUGAAAUGACAGCAGACCGAUGCAUCUGUUGUUACUGGCAUGGAACGUCACACCUCCUAACCCCCCAUACUCACAACAAGCCUUCCCACCUUCCACCAGUAAAUCCUGCCUUGCCACAGCACAAAGUCUUAUGCUCACAGCUAGCAUUAUCUCCUGGCUUGAAGUCUCUGCAAAUUCUAAUGGCCAUUGAGCUAUUGCUCUUCGCAAGGCUGCAAAUGCCUAAGAGGCACGGGUUAUGGCAGAUCAUAACCUUUGCUGCAUUGCCGGGUCUGAACUCGGAUUGGGCUCAGCAAGACCGGGUCUGUUACUUUACUAAGAGAGGUAGACGAUCGACACCAGUUUAUGCCAGCAACAAUGGCAAAAAAACCUCGAGUCCCAGAGAGAGAAUCAUGAACAAGCCUGAUUCUGCCCUUGGCAUGAAAGACACCCGACCUAACGUCCCUCCAAUGCCAGGGAUGCGAAUCCAAUGUGCACUCCGCUUCUGGCAACCCGUGGCGAUGCGAUACAUGCUCUCACCGAAUUUGCCCAAGAUUGAAAUCUCACUGUGCGUGCUAUCUUGGCUGAUCCAGUGGGUCUAAGGAAAACAUGGAUCGGAACAGGGUACCUUUUUUCAGUCAGUCCCCCAAGCCCCUAAGUAAAACGGCAUUCAAUGUCAUCGAGAGAAAUCAACAAGCUUAUUAGCUUAUCAAUGA